AUGGAGAAUUGCCAUUUGGAGAUGGAAGAAUGUUAUCUUUAUAGGCUAGGUAAGACCGAAAAUGACAACUUUACUUUUGAUCAUGACAGGGUGCAGCAUAGUGUAGGAGCAGCUACUUCUCACGAGAGAGAAGAUGCCAACAUGAAUGCAAGACAAUGUUGUGGAUGCAUUAAAGGAACCGAUGCGAGGAAGAACGAGACAAAGUUAGAUGAACCAUUGGGUGAACUGUCUCCCCAAGGGUGUAGGUGCAUAAAACAGGGAAUCUGCUCGACCCCCAUUGACGAUUCAGCUGAAAAAAGGAACCAAGUUGGUGGGGAAAAUGGCGUGGAGGGAAUUGCAAAUGAGAGUUACUCACAUUAUGAACAAUCCAAGUGGGGGUUGGAAAAGGAACUUCCAAACGAGACUCAAAACGAGACUCAAAACGAGACUCAAAACGAGAUUCAAAACGAGACUCAAAACGAGACUCAAAACGAGAUUCAAAACGAGACUCAAAACGAGAUUCAAAACGGAUUUCCCGAUGUGAAUAUCAACAGUUAUAACAUGAGAGAAAUUACAAGAUAUCUGCUGUCCGUUGAAAGAGAAGAAUUUAAUGAGGAUUGCAAACGUGAGAAGAGAAAUAAAUACAUACCAGAUAAUAGCGUCUAUGAAAAUUCGAAUGGCAACACGGAGGAGAGUCUUCCUUCCAUGUCAAUCGAAAAGAGCGAGACGGAUGAAAAAGGACAAAACGAAAUGUGCAGCACAAAAGAGUACAACAUAAAGUUCAGACAAAUUUUCAACUCAAUCAUAGAUCACAUGUUUUCCUAUCCAUAUGUGAACUUAUUGGAACUCAAUUUUCAGAAGGAGAGAGAUCAGAAAAAAAAAAAAGAGAGAGAGGUCAAAUGUGGUGUGGCUUGGGAGGGGACGUUCUCAUGGAGGGGAAGGGUCAACAUGGAUGGGGAGGAUAUGAGUGAUAAGAGUAACAGGAGUGAUCGGAGUGACAGAAGUAGCGUCUGUAGUGGCCCAUACAGACAGCGUACCUGCUCCAAAGCGAACAGUACAACAAUAGGGAACCUUGUCAAGGGCAAUCAUGCAAGAGCGUCUAAUGAGUAUGUUCCAAAUCAUUAUGGCAGACAUUCCAAGAGAAGUAACAAUUACUACUCUAAAUGUAUCCGUAAUCCAGAUCAUCAGAAGCGAGGGGGAGAGGCACUGAAUCUAAAUCACAAAAAACAGGAAAUUAAUCCACAAACAGAUAUAGCACAGUACUUCAAGGAGUUAAUUUUGGAGAAGAGAAGAAAUGAGUCACUUGGAGAAGAGAAAAAAAUGUCAGGUCAAAACAAAUUUCUUAGUGAUGAUGCCAAGUGGAACCAGAAAAGAGAAUCCAUAUGUAUCGAAUCAAGUGUCUAUCAUGUUAACGACUCAUCAAUUAAAAAAAAGAUGAAGGAGAGAAACAGUAAAUUUGGAUAUUUCCAUUCGAAUGAUUCAUUUUUUAAUGCGGUUAACAUGGAAAUUGAUGAAAGGAGAAACAAAGUGAAAUCAGGUGAAGAAUUAAAAAAAGAAAAAUCAUCUAGCGAAAUUGAUCAACAGAAGGGAAAUAUUAAAAAAAAAGACAUUCGCAACGCAGAUGCUAUUAAGAAAAAAAUAGAGGAACUUCAGAAAAGAAUUUUCUCACGUUUGAAUAAUUUAAGGAGUAGUUGUCGUGAAGGAAACGGAGCAUUACACAAUGAUAUGGAAUACUCACAAGAAAGGACGAACAAAAAAGAGAAACUUUUUCACACAAUUCCUAAGAGAAGAGAUGAAGAAAGUGUGCUCAAUGUUUCCAAUAUUGUAGGAAAUUUCCCGCAUUCUAAUAACCCAAGUUGGAGAAGCAAAGAAGUUUACGUGCAUGCACCAGGUGAAUUAAAGAACAGCAAAAUUAAUUGCAUGAAAAAAAUUUAUCGAGGACUUAUACCUAUUGGGAAAACGACGCUGUUAUCAUGUUUAAAUAUCCUUGAGGAUUCUCACAUUUGGAGUUAUGUCAUCUUUUCCGAUUUUUAUUUGUCUCAAAUCAAAACAGAUUGGCAGGAUUUGUCAUACUCUGGUUUGACUUACCUGAGAACACCCCCCUCCAUUUUGCACAACUUAGAGAAAAAAAAAAUACAGGAAAAUUUGAAAAUGGAAAAAAGUUAUUUUUUUUUUACACUCAAAGAAUUCACAAGGUAUCAGUACAAAAUAAAUAUACUGAAUGAGUAUGUCCAGAUGAAACAUCUGAGCAUGCAGAACAAUGAUGAGAUAGGUUCCUUCCAAUGGGACACUUAUAACUAUUCAUAUUUCAACCGCAGAGAUGUAUAUAUAAAACGAUUCGAAUUAUUGCAUAGAAAUUAUUUACAAUUUUUAAAAGAAUUUUAUUUAGACGAUAAAGCAUCCACGGAGCAGCUAAGUUUAACUCACUUGAAAUAUGAAAUUGAUGGUAUGCAUAAAUUCCACACAAGUUUGCUGGAUUCACGUCGAGGAAUAGACAUGUCGUCUUCCAUUGAGGAAUGGGACAUGGGUAGAACGCUUCAACCCAUUAAUCACUUCAGAAAUGAAUUCAUUGCCCUCUCUGAGGGUAGUCUUACCUCAGCUAUCAUCGACAGCAAUAGAGCUAGUAGAAGUAGGCUCGAUAGAAGUGGAAUCGACAGCCUUUCAUUUGAUAAGAACCCCGGUUGUGCAUAUCGGAAGGGGCGUAAGGAGGGUUAUAAUUCCCACAGUCGAGGUGUCAUGGGAAUGAAAAAAGUUUUAGAAAACAUAAAAUCGAGACGUCUUCACAGAUGCAUAAAAAGCAUGAAGAGGAUUUUAUCCAAAAGGAAAGGCAGCAAAACGGAAAAAAUGUUCAUGAGGAAAAUUAGUAAAAUUGUGAAAAGUUUGUGCACAACAUGUUCCAUUAAAUACAAGGUUUUUAUAUCUCAUGAGCUACUUAGGAUUUUUGUUAAAAUGGAGAGGAGGAGGAGAAGAAGAAGAAGAAGAGGAAGAAGAAGAAGAAGAAGAAAGGGCGGGGAUGAUCAGUCGAACCAGUCGAGCCAGUCGUGGCAGACGGAGGGGAGAAACGACAGUACCAUUAUGCAAAGGAAACGAGUAAAAAUAAUCCUUAGAAGAAAAAAAAAAUUCCCAAUAAAUAAGAAACUUAAGAAUCAUUUUAAAUCGGAUGAAAGCUUUGAUGGGGUGGAGACCGCUGGAAAUCUGCUGGUGGAGAAGUUGAAGAGACACGAUCUCUCUGCAGACUCGGUUACUGACCUUUUAAAAGGGUCACCCAAUGAGCGACCUGAUGAGGUUCCUCACAACUACAACAUUUUCAUUAAAAAAGAGUCGUUGAAGGAGAUGGAAAAGCAAAGUGAGAUAAAGAAAUGCACAGUCCAAGAUAAUAUAAAAAAAAGAACGUCAAAACGUGUGACUAGAAAUAAUGAAAACGAGAUAGUGAAGAAGAAAAAAAAAGUUUUCCCCGAAAAAAUACAAAAUGCUGAAGAUAGUGUAAUGAAAAAGGAGAAAGCAAUUUCUAGUAAACAUGCACCAAGAAUUGAAAUUGGAACUGAGAAAGAAGAUCGAAAAAAAAUAAAAAAACGGUUAAGAGACUAUCAUAGCAGUAGUUCCCAGGCUACCACAUGGUUCAGGAAUAGAAAAGAAAAGCGUGUCGAUAUGAAAGACACACUAAGCGAACAAGUAGAUGAAAAGAAUCAUAUUUAUUAUGUCUAUUUAAAAGGACAUCUGAAUGUAUAUAUGUGCCCGCAAAUGAAGGUUCAUUUUCAAAGUCGAAAUUUAUUUUUCAAAAGGAACACAAUGGAUAGACAGCAAUUUGAUAUGCAUUUCGAUCGUACAUUUUCUCAUGUGUUUUUUAAUAACAUUUUGAAAGGGUGUAUAGAUGAGAUUCAAAUUAGAAGGGUUCGCGUUAAAAGGGUUCGCAUUAAAAGGGCUCGUUUUAAAAGGGUUUGUUGUGCCUAUCCGUUAGAUACAGAAACUCAAAGCAGUGGCGACAGCAGUCAUGAGCAUAGUAAGGGGAAAAGGAGAAUGAGAGAAAAAUGUCUUGUUAAAAAAGGAAGAAAUAAAAAAAGACGAACCUCGAAAUGGAAAAGCACUAUUUGUAAAGUCAGCAAACUGAAAAAAGACGAGAUCGUGGAGUUGUUUAAAAUAAUGUAUCCAAAUUUUUAUAAGAAUUUUUCGAAAUUGAAUACUUAUUCCGUUUUAGGUACAUAUGGAAAUGAUCAAUUUUUAGCGCAUAAACCAGAGAUAAGAAAUGAGGAAAGAGAAACAGACAGUGAGAAAUAUGAAUUGAAUACUUCCAAUUAUUUGCACAAAUUUUUAAACAAAUUUGUACGUCUACAAGAGAAAAAUAUAAUGAACUGGGAUCCAAAAGACUUUUUUUACACAUUUAAUCAAAAUUUCAUUCGUAAAAUCAUUUACCAUUUAAAUAAAACUUUGGGCGAUUUUUCUUUUAUUCACAAAUUGUUCGAGGAACAUGUACAUAUGAAAUAUCUCUAUGGAGAAAAACUUACAAACAAAUUUACAGAUCGUAGAGAUGAACAGAAUGAACUGGUUAAUCAUGAAGACAGGUAUUACAACAUUGUUAAAACGCACUUUGUUCAAGUGAUUGUUCCCUUCUGCGAACAAAAAAAUCUUUAA